AUCAGGCACUGGCUCAACUUUUCCCAGGCAUUGAUACGCUUGAGAUUUCGCCAAAUAUGCCUUUAAUUUCUUACGAUACUCUUCAAUUUUUCCAUAAUGGAAUACUUUGGAUUUAUCUGAUUUCUGUAAUAUACAAUUCGCCAAUUUAAAUUUAAGCUUUAAUCUUUUCACUAAUCUUCCAUAAUUUUUCUUUUUCUUCAUUUUUACUACAUUGCAAACUUGUGAUUGACUUGCUUCAGUAUUUAAUAAUUCAAUAAUAUCAUUUUGAUUCAUUUGACUUCCAAUGUUUCUAUUAUUAUUAAAAUUUUUAUUUGGUAUUGGAACAUUAUGUAAAAUUUGAAUAAGAACAUCUAAUUCAGUCAUAAAUUCUAGAAGAGGACGACCGGGGCUCACUUUCUUUUGGAAAAAACAGUUUUCUAUUUUACGUUUUAAAGAGGCCCACUCAAUUGUGCGUCGUCGAGCUGCUGUUUUUGGAUCAUUAUAUAUAAAUUUCGGACCUAAUUUUAAUAGAUGAUGUUCUUCUUCAUUUAAUCGAAUAUUUGCUUCAUAAAUUAUUGCUGGAGCAAGAAAUCCUCGCCCAGCGAACGUAUUACGGUCGGGGCGAUUUUUUUUUCUUAGAUUUGCAGAUUGUUGGUAUCGCCCUCGACUUACUGUCCGAAUAAAAAAAAAUUUUACAAUCGAAAUUAUUGAAAUAGAGGCAAUCAAUAUUAUAAUCAAAACUAUCGACGUUAUUUUCGAAAUAUACCACGAUAAGAUACUAGUCCAUAUGAUAGAGGUGGAUAUGGUUUCGUAAGUCCAGAACAAGAACGACAGGAAAGACUAGUUCAACCUGUUAGAUCUCCUAGUCGUCGUCGAUUGAGUAAUCGUCCAAGAAGACGAGGUCGACGACCAAUUCGUUUAAAUGAUUUUAUGCCAACUGAAUUACGUGAAUCUUCGCCAAAUCUUCCACCUGAUUUUAAUAUAGCUACAGCUACGGCACUGGCAAUAGCAAGUACAAAUAUCCCAUCAGAUGCAUUACCACAGCGUGAAAGAUUUGUUCAAAAUAAUACUACUCAACCUUUCACAGUUACUGGAAAUAAUCAAAAUAAACAACAGCGACAACAACAAAAUCAACGACAGCGUAAAACUACGUCUUCAUUUAGAUGUCGACAACGUCGUAAUAAUCGAUUUGUUAUGUUAGCUGAUGAAAAUGAUAAUAAUCUAUCUGAUGUGGAAGCCGAAUUAGAAGAUCAUUCGAGAAAUUCGAAAAAUGCUCUAAGUGGUCGUGGUAAUCAAGCAUAUAAUUGGUCUACAAAAAAUAAAAAUUAUCAAAUUUUGGCAAAACGUGUUGAAUUAGAUUUGCCUCCAAAAAUGAUUGAAAAAUUUGAUUUUUCUUUUAAACUUGAUGAAUCAAUUAUUAAUCAAGAUGAAGCUCAAGCCACAUAUAAUCAAACGCGUCAAAUUACCAAACAUUUUCGUACUCAAGCUAUGACACUAUAUGUUCAAUCAGCUGCUCGAGAAAAUGAAGUCUUAUCAAAUGAAAUUAAAGGUAUUAUUGAUAGAUUUCCUCAAGAUAACGAUGAUGGAUUUGAUGCUGAGCCUGGCUAUGCAGCCUUUAAACAAUAUCAUGAAAUACCAAGUCGAGGGCGAUAUCAACAAUCUGCAAAUUCAAGAAGAAAUAAUCGCUCCGACUAUAACACGUUCGCUGGGCGAGGAUUUCUUGCUCCAGCAAUAAUUAAUGAAGCUAAUAUUCAAUUAAAUGAAGAAGAACAUCAAUUAUUAAAAUUGGGACCCAAAUUUAUAUUUAAUAACCCAAAAACAGCAGCUCGACGACGUAUUAUAGAGUUGGCUACUCUAAAACGUAAAAUAGAAAAUUGUUUUCUUUACAAGAAGGUAAGCCCUGGUCGUCCACUUCAUCAAUUUAUAGCUGAAUUAGAUGUUCUUCUUCAAACUUUACAUAAUGUUUCAACAGUUGAUAAAUAUUUAGAUAAAAAUAAAAAUGCAAUAUUUAGUAAUGAUAUAAAUCAAAAUAAAGGUAUUAUAGAAAUUAUAAAUAGUCAACUUUCUCAAUCACAACUUAUGAGUACAUGUAAAAUGAAGAAAAAGAAAAACUAUGGAAGAUUAGUUAAAAGAUUAAAACACAAAUUCAAAUUAGCGAAUGUUGUGUUACAAAAAUCUGAUAAAUCUAAAGUAUUCCAUUUAGGUACAUUAGAAAAUUAUCGCAAGAAAUCUGAAGAGUAUAUGGCUAAAACUCAAGCGUAUAAAUGCUUAGGUAUAGAUGAUCCAUUACCAGAUUUAAUUACAAAAACCAAUAAAUAUUUAUUGAAUCUGCGAUUAGCUAAAUGGAUUACUCAGAAACAAUAUGAAAAAUUAUGUAUUAAUCCAUGUGAAGUCGAGCUGGCUCAUUUAUAUUACCUACCAAAAGCUCAUAAACCUGGUACUCCACUACGUCCAAUUAUUAGUGGUCUCAAACAUCCUACGAUUAAAAUCUCAAAAUUUCUUGAUGACUUAUUGAGACCUUUGUUUGAUAAAAUGGCUAAGGAUACCACAGUUACAUCUGGCUUUGAAUUAUUAAAGAAAUUAAAAGAAUGGUGUAUACUAAAUAUGAAUCAAAAUACUAUAUUUUGUACUAUUGAUGUACUUGAUUUAUAUACAAUGAUUCCACAAGUAGAAGGAGUACUUUCUCUGAAGAAAAUGUUAGAUUAUUUACAUUUUAAAAAUGUUGGCGAUUUAAAGACUGAAACUAUUAUUCGGUUAAGUCGAUUUGUCAUGAAAAACAAUUAUUUUUCUUACGAUGGCCAAUUUUAUCAUCAGAUUAGAGGUGGAGCUAUGGGUUCUCCAUUAACUCUGACUAUGGCUAAUUGUUAUAUGUUUUUUUAUGAACAACAAAUAGCGAAACAAAUUAAAAAUAGCGGAGGACUCUUCUUUCGAUAUAUCGAUGAUAUGUUUAUAGUAAUUAAUUGGCCCAUUCGACAUUUACUUAAACAAAUCGAGAAAUGGAAUCAAUUUGAUGAAAAUAUUAAAUUAAAAGCUAAUAUUGGCUCAUUUACGAAUUUUCUUGACUUAUAUAUGGAAAAUCAAGAUGGCACUUUAUUCACUACAGUUUUCCAAAAACCAUCUUAUGAGCCCUAUUAUUUGCCAUUUAAUAGUAUACAUCCAUUACACAUGAAAAAGAAUAUACCUUUUACGAUGUUACUUCGAGCAAUUCGAUAUUGUUCUACGUAUCAAACAUAUUUGGAUGAACGUGAAAAAUUACGUAUGGCUUUAUUACUUAAUAAAUACCCGAACAAAUUAAUCGAAGAACAAUUCAAUAAUGUUCUUUUAAAAUGUGAUAUUAAUGAGCCGUUAACAAUUCGCAAUUAUGAUAGAUAUUGGCAAAAAAUGAUAGAUUCACCUACAAAGGAAAAAGUUGAUAUUGAUUACGGAUCAGUUAUGUUUGUACACUUUACAUACUGUUCCGCUAUGAAAGCUUUUUCUGGUAAAUUCCAUACACUUUGGAAUAAAUAUUUUAGGGAAUCCCCUAUUAAUGAAGUUAGACCUAUUCUUGGUACUCGAAAUGUGAAAAAUUUGCAACGAUAUCUAGCUUUGACUAGUUAUUAG